AUGGCAACUCGAAUCCACGGAAGCUGCAAAGUUCGAGGUUUAACCGGUAUAGCCAAGGCAUCCAAGGAACUACAUCGGAUUCUACAGCAUCGUGGAGCGCGCAAAAUUGCAUGUGUCGUUCCGUCACGACGACAGCUGUCAUCCAAGAACAACAACAACAACAACAGCAACAACAACAACAACAACAACAACAAUAAUGAUCAUAAUGAUGGCAAAGAAGGGACAGAAGAGAAGGAACAGGCCAGUGUAUGGGAACAACUUCAGAGUCCGCCAAAUAUCAUCACGCUGACACGGAUAGCUUCCACUCCCGUUCUGGCAUAUUGGAUUACUUCGGAACAGUAUGUCUGGGCUGUUUGGGGAUGUGCACUUGCGGGGUUAUCGGAUGCAUUGGAUGGACAUCUGGCCAAGACAUAUGACUGGGGAACUACUGUCGGGACGUAUCUUGAUCCUAUGGCCGACAAGAUUAUGGUGAAUAGUCUUGCUAUUAGUCUAUGGUACACCACCGUAUUACCAACACCAUUGAUCACCGUUUGGGCAAUGAAGGAUAUUGGGUUAAUGUCCGGGACCGCGUGGAUGCUCUACAAGAAUUACAACAGCGUCAAUAUCUUCACAACAAGUCUUGCUAGUAAGCCUUUGGAAGUACAUCCCUCUAAGAUUGGAAAACUGAAUACAGCAUUGCAGUUUGCGACACUUGGAGUCGGUAUCAUCUCACCCAUUAGCGCGUUUUCGCCGACCAUUCUAAAUACUCUAUGCUGGACUACUGCUGCGACUACGGUCGGCUCUGUUAUUUCUUAUGCAGGACACUCGGCCAUCAACCAAAGAUCAAAGGGCGAUUAA